AUAUAGUAGACAUAGCACCACAUAGGACAACUCUCUGCACAUAUAGCACCACACUCAGCUGACACCCCAUCCACCUAGCAUCGCUUAACAGAGCAUGGCACUGAAUACUAUAUCUAGUACCACAUACUGCCAUAAUCGCUGUGGUUUCUAUGGAGGAGUGGAGUUUUAUAUCAAGGGCAUCCUCGACAUCGGCAUUUCGCCAGUGAAGUUGCUGGAGAUUCUGAAGAACAGGUUCCUGGCCGCAGGCGGAGUGCUACUUGAACAGAAAGAGCUCCUGAAAGCCACGUCAUUCGAUGAUGGAGUGGUUAUUUCAAUAUCCGGUCAAGAGCCUCUGGUGACUCGCCUGUUGAUUGAUGCUAUGGGUCAUGCAUCCCCAAUUGUACGCCAGGCGGACCACCGAACACCCGGCAUACCAAAGGUGAAGCAAGACUAAACUUUUGGUGGAAUAUCAUCAGAGCAAGGUGAGAAAUCCUCCCUGCGAAGGUAAGAAAGUCACAAAACAAAAAGGAGAUUCGUAG